AUGGAUGUAACAAAUUUAAAAAAAACAUUAUUAAAUUUCUUAGAAAAUGAAAAUGUUACUGAAAUAGAUUAUAAAGAUAAUGGCGAUUUUAAAUAUUUUGAAGAAAUCAAAGGAACUGCAAAAAAAAAUUCUAGUAACAUAUAUAGAUCAUGUAAUUAUGAAACAUGUGCAAUUUUGGAAAAAAACUAUCAAUUUCUUAACACGGAUAUGAAUACAAGAUAUGAAGUAUUUGCAUUCUGUUCAAAAUAUUAUAUAAAUUGUGAAUUUUUAGGAGAACGAAAAAAAGAAAUAAGAGGGGAUGAAGUCAUAUUAGGAGAGUAUGUAUUUAAAACUUAUGGCGAAGUAAAAAAUGAAAUAGAAAUUUUUGCAUCAGCUUUAUACCAGUUUGAAAAUAUUGAACCAAAUAUAUUUACUGAUAAUGGAAAAUAUGAUAAUUUAAAAAUUAUGGGUAUUUGGUCAAAAAAUAGACCCGAAUGGUAUAUGACUGAUAUAGCAUGUGCCGCCAUAAAUUUUGUAACUGUUCCUAUUUAUGAUACUAUAGGUAUAAAUUCAGUUAAAUUAAUUAUUCAAAAAACCCAGAUGAAAGCUUGUUGUGUUGAAGCAGAAAAAUUAGAAUCAUUAAUAAAUUUAAAACCGGAAUUACCAGAUUUAAAUAUAUUAAUUAUAUAUAAUGAUAGUAAUUUAAAAGAUGAAAUAAUAACAAAAGCAACUAAGGCUGGAUAUAAAAUAUAUUUUUAUAAAAAGUUAAUUGAUCAGUAUAAAAAUAAAAAUAUUAUUCCUCAAUAUUCUAAUUUAGAAGAUGAAAAUACUACUACUAAUAAUAAAUCAUCCACUCCAAAUAAAAAUAUGAAGAGAGAUGCAUCUUUUAAAUCGAAUGAACAAAAUGAUACAAAUAAUGAAAGUUUAGAAAAUAUGAGAGAAAUGCUUAAAAAUAAUAAACCCAAACCAUCAGACGUAUGUACAAUAAUUUUUACAUCUGGAACAUCAGGAAAUCCAAAAGGUGCUAUGAUAACUCAUUAUAAUUUUAUUAGUUUUGCUCAAUCGUAUUUAUUAGAUGGUAAUAGAUUAGGAAUAAUAAAACAUGAAGUAGCACUUAGUUAUUUACCAUUAGCACAUGUAUAUGAAAGAUUAAUCGAAUUUGCUUUGCCAUUUUUUGGGGCUAAAAUUGGAUAUUUUUCUGGAAAUAUAAAAGAAAUAGCUAAUGAUAUAGCUGAAUUGAAACCAACUUUUUUAAUUACUGUUCCAAGAAUAUUACAAAAAAUUCAUGAUAAUAUUAUGGGAAAUUUAAAAAAUAAAAAUAUAAUAUCUCAACUAUUAGUAAAAACUGCUUUAAAAUGUAAAAGAAAAAAUUAUGCUAAAAAUUCAAAAAAAUUUAGUCAUGGAUUUUGGGAUAUAAUAUUACAACCAAUAAGAAAUCGUCUUGGUGGACGUUUAAGAAUACAAGUUAUGGGUUCAUCAUCUAUGGAUAAAAAUAAAUUAAUAGAUAUACAGAUGCUUCUAUCUACCCCUAUUUCAGAAGGAUGGGGAAUGACCGAAGUGGGUGUUGGAUUUGUCCAGCAUAGAAAUGAUAACAUAAAAGGAACUAUAGGAGGAAUGUUUGCAAAUACUAUACUAAAAGUUAUUAAAGUAGAAAAUAUGAAAUAUGAUCCAAAAGAAUAUCCUAAUAGAGGGGAAUUAUGUGUAAAGGGUAGCAGUGUUAUGGUAGGUUAUUUUCGAGAUGAAGAAUUAACAAAAAAAUCAUUUGAUGAAGAUGGUUUUUUUCUAACUGGUGAUAUAGUAGAAGUUAAUGAAAAUAAUAGAUAUAUAAAAAUUAUUGAUAGAGCAAAAAAUAUAUUUAAAUUAUCACAAGGUGAAUAUAUAGAACCAGAAAAAUUAGAAAAUAUUUAUUCAAAUAGUAUAUAUAUUGAACAUAUAUUUGUACAUGGAUAUAGUUAUGAAAAUGAAUUAGUUUCUAUUAUAGUUCCUAGCGAAGUUUUUAUUAAUGAUUAUGCAAAAAAACAUAAUAUUAAUUUACCUUAUGAGGAAUUAUUAAAAACUGAUACUAUUAAAAAAUUGAUUAGUGAUGAAAUUAUCUCUGCAUCUAAAACUUAUAAACUUAAUGGAAUUGAAAAAAUACGUUUAUUUCACUUAACUCAUAUUCCAUUUUCGGUUGAAAACAAACAACUAACACCCACACACAAAAUAGUUAGAAAUGUUAUCUUAGAAUCUUACAAGACUGUUAUCGAUGAAUUAUAUGCCUCCAGAACAAAAUAA